AUGUUUACGAAUCCGAUCUCGCGGAACUCGGGUCAGGCCUCAAGGCCCAGGAGGCGCUGCACUGCGAGAUGUGGAAAGCCAAGCUGGAGCCCGACCUCGGACUCCCCCGCCAUUCGGAGCGUGUCCAGAGUGGGACCGCUGCGUGCGAGAAAGGCCGGGACGCCUCUCCUUCGCGAGAUGUGGGAGGCGAAGCUGGGGACCAAGGCGAUCAGCUACCAUGCUGCCCUCGGUGCUGUACCAGCGCCCUGCGCGGCCAUCCGAGCGUGCGAGGUCUGCUGGCAGCGGACAACGGCCUUAGACCUGCUCAAGGCGAUGCUGGAAGCCCGCGCGGACCCUACUGUGGCCUGUGAUCCGGCCGCUGACCUGUACGUGCACGGCGCCCAGGCAGGUGGCCCCAUGGACGUCUGCAAGCACAUCAUGCUCGUGGCCAGCAGAUGA